AUGUCCUCGCAAGGCUCCACGGCGCUGUCCUCACGACGUGGACAUGCUCGCGCUGAUCUCGGCACUGCUCCAAACCACCACAGAACUAUUCGAAUCGAAGGGCUCGACGAUGAUCUUGCUGAUGACAAUUCUCAUCCGCGUACGUACAUCUGGGGAACAAGAGUUUGUGUGGUGGACGCGCAAAGGAUAUUCCGCGCUUUUAUAACUGAGUUCAAGGUAUCUACAUUGGACGAAGAUGAGAACAUGUUGAUGCUACCAUCCACGCGGCAAGUAGUCGAUACCUCAAUCCCGUACUACAUGGAGCGUCUCUUUGAAAUUGACCAAACCGACUGUCCGUAUCUCAACUUGAACCUUGCUCAUGUCAAAGCAUUUUCUGAGCCGCUUUACAGGAAGAUCGUUGCUUAUCCAGCGGAUGUGAUCCCUUAUCUGGAUAUGACUGUGAACGAAAUUUACCAAGAGAAGUACAACCGCGCUCUGGCUACCCCCAUUGAGCUACGUCCGUUCAACGCCGAUAAGACAAGAAAUAUGCGUAGUCUGAAUCCAUGUGAUAUUGAUCAGUUGAUCACAAUUACUGGUAUGGUAACUCGCACGUCAACAUUGAUCCCAGAAAUGAAAGCUGGUUUCUUCCAGUGCUCUAUUUGCAAGUUUUCGGUGGAGAGUGAAGCGGACAGAUCGAAGAACCAUCAGUGUGUACCAACUGCUCGAACACCUAUGUGCUUCCAGCUUAUUCAUAACCGCUCGCGGUUCCUAGACAAGCAAAUCAUUAAGCUUCAGGAGUCACCUGGUGAGUUACAUGAGUAA